CACAGGAGCGACAUGGCAGCUCUGUAGAGAAUGAUCCCUCUGGUUUCCUGUCACAGUCGUGGCCCGUUAGCGUCCCCGAGUACCAGAAUGAGUGGUCGCUAUUUGGAACAAAGGCUUAGUAUAAAAUUUUGCGUGAAGCUGAACAAGUCUGCAAGUGAGACCCACCAUCUUCUGCAACAAGCUUACGGGGACGAAGUCAUGUCCAGGGCUCGCGUUUUUGACUGGCACAAAAGAUUUAAGGAAGGGCGGGAAGAUGUUCGAGACGACGCCCGGAGUGGUCGUCCCGUCACCCACCGGACCAAGGAAAACAUCCAGAAGGUCAAGGACUUGGUUUGUUCCAACAGGCAGUUAACCGUAAGGAUGAUGGCGGAAGAAUUAAAUUUAGACAAGGAAACGGUUAGACUCAUCCUGAAAGAGAACUUGAACAUGAGGAAAGUUUCUGCAAAAAUUUUGUCAGAGAUUUUAAAGGAUGAUCCUAAACCUCGCGAACUUGGCAUGCAGUCUGCUUUUCCAAAGGAAACUCGAAAACAUGGCUCACACGUGAGGAAAAGGUAGCGAGUUCUCACAUGUGAGGAAAAAGUAGCGAGGAAACGUGGCAUCGUCUCCACCAGGAGGCUGGUGAGGAAAUGUCAGGGGCUGUUUCCGGGUCAGGUGUCCCCUUCCCUGCCGACCAGCUUCUGAAGGCUUCCUCUCCAACAAGCCUUCCCAGCUGAGCAGCUCAGGACGGGUUCGCAGUAUGUUGAAGGGUGUCUGAAGUGGCUCAACCCGAAUGAAGCAGCCGCCUCGCUGGGAAGCACCUCCAUCUGAUGGGUCUUGUCUGCCACUCCUCCCUACAGGUCUUCACUCUCCUUACUUCCUCUUCGCUGGACCAUUGGACUGUCUUCCUUACUGUUCAAUCACAACCUGAAAGAACCUUAGGCUGUUGGCUUGCAGAACGUGCUUGCUGUUACAUUCUUUUGCUUAACGAGUUGGGAUCGCUACAUCUCCCAAAACUUAAGUUGUGGUGACAGUCCUGUUGCUUUGUUCUCGACGUUCUGCCCCCCGGGGCAUCACGCCAGUGAGAAAUGGGUCCAGGAUCUCCUGCAUUCUAUCCCUCUGUGCCCAGGGAGGCAUGCUCUGCCCAGAAGACCCCUAAAAGAAGCCCUAGAGUUUGAGCCUGCUUCAUGGUCAGGGCCCUGAGGUAUGGUACAGAAGCCAAUGGUAUACUGGCCUAGUGAGCAGCGCUGAGCAGAAGGGCUGAAGUGGCCCAAAUCAUUCAGUGAGAGUCCCUAAGAACUCAGAUUGACCACCAGUAUUGACCUAGAAGACCUACCCCUGCCAGAAGGAUUAGAUUUGUGUCAUCGUAGUUUUGUGCUUUGGAUCCCCACUUAUUUGGGAAUUCCCUUUGCUGUAAAAGAAGAAUCUGGUUCUGGAACACAGAAACCAGUACACCUGGUGCCAGGCUGUAAUGUGUG